GUUAACAUUAUUAUGAUAUUAUAGAGAGGCUAUCGAUAUGUGGUCAAAAUGAACAAAAUGCUGCUGUAGUAUUUGAUGCAUCUCAUGUAAUUUCCACAUCUUGGAAAGUGUCUCACACUUUGUAAUAAGUCCUGCUAUGUAACUCUAUUCUCUGUGGUCUGUAGUGUAGUGGCUCUCUGUCAUUCUAUAGUAUAAAUCACCUCUAUUCUCUGUGGUCUGUAGUGUAGUGGCUCUCUGUCAUUCUACAGUAUAAAUCACCUCUAUUCUCUGUGGUCUGUAGUGUAGUGGCUCUCUGUCAUUCUACAGUAUAAAUCACCUCUAUUCUCUGUAGUCUGUACUGUAGUGGCUCUCUGUCAUUCUACAGUAUAAAUCACCUCUAUUCUCUGUGAUCUGUAGUGUAGUGGCUCUCUGUCAUUCUAUAGUAUAAAUCACCUAAAUUCUCUGUGGUCUGUAGUGUAGUGGUUCUCUGUCAUUCUAUAGUAUAAAUCACCUCUAUUCUCUGUGGUUUGUAGUGUAGUGGUUCUCUGUCAUUCUAUAGUAUAAAUCACCUCUAUUCUCUGUGGUCUGUACUGUAGUGGCUCUCUGUCAUUCUAUAGUAUAAAUCACGUUACAGCGAUGGACCUGACUGAGUCCUGGAAGACCAUGGUGAAUGAGACCAGCUCUGUGAAUGACAGCAACUACACUGAUGAAGACUAUGGUGAUAAACAGUUAAUCCUGCUGUGUGACGAGGUCGGAGGGUUAGAGGAGGUCACGGCUGGUUGCUUCCUGGUCAUCUUCCUCCUCAGUGUCACAGGUAAUGGAUUGUUGCUGGUUGCCUUGUGUCGUUAUGAGGACCUAAGGAGGGUCACCAACAUGUUCAUCCUAAACCUGUUGAUCUCUGACCUCCUAUUUACCCUGACCCUGCCCUUCUGGGCCGUCUACCAACUCUCCCACUGGAUGUUCGGUGACCUGGCCUGUAAGCUGUUGACGGGGGCAUACUUCACCGGUCUCUACAGCAGUAUGAUGCUGCUCACUUCCAUGACGGUGUACCGCUGUGUAAUAGUCGUCGCGUCCCGCUGGACAGUCGUUCCCCGGAGACGACUGAGGUACGCAUUGGCCGCCUGCACGGCAUCAUGGGUAGUCAGCCUGGCCGCCUCCCUCAGUGAUGUCAUAUCCUCCCAGGUACAGGAAGUGGAAAACGGGACAAGAAUAUUCAUCUGUGAGGUCUCACCUGGAACUACGGACGAGGAGCUGGGAUACUACCUGCAGGUGUCCCUGCUCUUCGUCCUCCCUCUAAUCAUCAUCAUCCUCUGCUACAGUGCCAUUCUCAGGACGGUCCUGGUAACUGCGACCAGGAGACAACACCGCACAGUGCUGGUGGUCUUCUGUAUCGUGGUAGCGUUCAUCGUCUGCUGGGCGCCGUACAACCUAUUCAUAUUCGUCAUGUCUGUCUACACUCCUGUAGACUGUGCGCUCAAGGAGCGGCUGCAUGUUGUGUACGUUGUGUGUCGUAUUGUGGCCUACGCCCACUGCUUCCUGAACCCUGCUCUCUACAUGCUGUCUCACUCCUUCAGACGACAUCUCUGGUCGCUGUUGUGCUGUCUGAUGGGGGAGGAGAGGGGAGGGCAGGGGGGAGGAGGGGAGAGGAGUGUGGGACACAGUUCGUCCCACGUCACCCCUAGACCAACCGGACCUGCUGUGGUGCUUCAGGACCCCAGAGAGAAUAACUAUACAGCUACAUGGAUGGAGCUAAGAACGGAUCAGGAAUGAACUAUGGAACUUUCUCAAUGACCUUCUAUUGGCAAAGGGGUUUUUCCUGCCCCUUCUAAUGGUUAGAAAAGGCCAUGUUUAAAGCUUUGGAUCUGAGGAAUGAGGAAGUGAGAUUAGCCAAAACAAAAACAUUUGAAUCCCUGAUUAUGAUUCUGUGAUACAUAGAAUGUGAAUUCUGUGUUCAGUCCAGAAAUGAUUCUGUGAAUAAGUCUAUGCUAUAUUCAUACAAUAUGAAGACAAUAUAUUUUUAACGUAGAAUAUGUGAAAUACUAUAUUAUCAAUGGUUGAUGUAAAACUGGAAAUACAUGCAAUGUGUGUUUUGAGGUGGUAUGCUAAGUAAAUAAAAAGCUGUGUGUGCAGCAGUAGCACAUGUGUAUUUUUUUGCCUGUGGCUUGGGUUAGGUUUAGGGUUAGGCUGGACCUGUCUGGAUGCUGGCUUGGGUUAGGCUGGACCUGUCUGGAUGCUGGCUUAGGUUAGGUUUAGGGUUAUGCUGGACCUGUCUAGACGCUGUCUUGGGUUAGGUUUAGGGUUCCACCCGGCACAGCCAGAAGAGGACUG